GUACUCAUAAGCCUGGAUUUACCACAUCCUUUUGGACUAGCACUGCAUGGAAAUCGGAUUUACUGGACGGACUGGACAGAACACGCAAUCCAAAGUGCUGACAAAGUAACUGGGAGAGACAGGAAGAUUAUUUUGCAAGGCUUGGAGAUCCUAUUAGAUAUCCACGUCUUUCACCGAGGAAGAUUAUCAGUUAACAGUGAGUGCAAAAUCAAUAAUGGAGGAUGUAGCCACCUGUGUUUAAUGGCUCCGAAACCUAAAGGAUACUCUUGUAAAUGUCCUACUGGUAUUCUGUUACAAAGUGACGAAAAGACUUGCGCUAAUGGUAUGAAUAAUUUUCUGAUUGUCGCAAAACGGACUGAUAUUCGCAAAGUUUCUUUAGACGUUCCUUACACAGCUGAUGUUGUCCUUCCGAUCAAUAAUCUCAACAACGUUAUUGCACUGGAUGUGGAUACAAAAGGCGGGAAAAUCUAUUGGUCUGACACUGGACGGGAAAAAAUUCAGCGUUCUGAGCUGGAUGGUACACGUGUUGAAAACGUGAUAGUCAAGGGUCUAGGAUCAGUAGAUUUUCUGGCCGUGGAUUCUGUUGGUAGAAAACUCUAUUGGACAGAUGAUCCACGCAAGUGUAUUGAAGUGUCAGAAUUGGAUGGUCAGUCACGAAAAGUUUUAAUCUGGAGUAAUCUGGAUAGUCCCCGAGCGAUUGCUUUGCACUAUGAUCCAGGAUACAUGUACUGGACAGAUUGGGGCAACAUUCCUCGAAUUGAAAGGUCAGAGAUGGAUGGUGGAAAAAGAGUGACCAUUAUUUCGGAUAAAUUGGGAUGGCCGAACGGACUGACCAUCGACAUAGAAAAUUCGCAGCUGGUUUGGGCAGAUGCCAGAAGACAUGUAAUCGAAGCUUGCGACUUAGAUGGACAGCAUAGACGGAUGUUAGUCAGCGAUGUGCCUCAUCCUUACGGAAUAGCUGUAACUGCACGCUACAUAUAUUGGACAGAUUGGUCAGAGCGAUCCAUCUUGAGAGUCAGUAAGCACACUGGUAGCGACAUGGCCAAUGUUUGCGCCAACUUGCCCAAUCUGAUGGAUAUGCACAACAUUCACCUCAACCACACAGCUGAUAAUAAAUGUGAUGGUCAUAAUGGAGGUUGUAGUCAUUUGUGUCUCAGGACCUCAUUAGGCUAUUCUUGCGCAUGUCCAACUGGUAUUCGACUUCAGGAUAAUGAACACACUUGCGAGGAAGCCCCGUCUGCAUUCCUGCUGUUCGCCAACCGUGAAAGCAUUCGACGGAUAUCCCAGGAUACACCGGAAAAUAUGGACGUCUUCUUACCCAUACCAGAAACUUACAAUACCGUUGCCGUGGACUUUGAUUACCAGGAGAAAGCAAUUUAUUAUUCUGACAUCAAACUUGACGUCAUAAGGAGAGCAAGUUGGAAUGGAUCUGGGAUCCGAACAGUUAUAUCGAGUGACCUAAUAACAGCUGAUGGUUUAGCAGUUGAUUGGGUUGCAAAAAAUCUGUACUGGACUGAUACUGGGCGCAACGUUAUCGAAGUAGCCAGAGUUGAUGGCACUAGCCGAAGGAUUUUAGUUGACCUGGAUUUAGAUGAACCUCGCGCCAUUGUCGUCUUCCCAAGAAAAGGAUAUCUGUUCUGGUCUGAUUGGGGAAAGCCACCAAAAAUCGAGAGAGCGUAUUUGGAUGGAGGUGGCCGAAGAGUCAUCGUAGCAGCUGACUUGGGUUGGCCCAAUGGUUUAACAAUUGAUUACGAGGCAAGGCGUCUGUAUUGGGUAGAUGCUCAGCUGGAUAGAAUUGAAGCAUCUGACCUCACCGGCAAGCAUAGGAUGCAACUGGUUCAUGAUGUCCUCCAUCCUUUCGGUCUAACCUUGUAUGGCCCUUAUUUGUUUUGGACGGACUGGCAUACGAACUCCAUUGAGAGGGUGGACAAAGAAAGUGGUCGAAACAGAACCGUGAUACGUGAUAAUAUUGGCUACCUCAUGGAAAUCAAGAUGGUGGCCGCGUCCAGGCAAACAGGUAGCAACCCUUGCGGAGAAGGAAAUGGCGGCUGCAGCCAUUUGUGCCUAUUCAGACCCCAUGGACACGUCUGCGCAUGUCCGUCCUUUCACGACAGCCGACCUUGCUCCACUGUGCCUGGGGAAAUUUUACCUGAGCCGACCAAGAGUGCCAGUACGGAAGAUAAAACGACUUUCAAGGAGUCAACUGUAACUACUUCUGCCCCAACGAAUAAUAGCAAUCGGUGUACAGAUAUAGAUAUGCAGUUGGGAAGAUGUCAUAUCAUCGGUUUUCCUCCACCUGAUCCAGUCCUUCAAACUGCCUAUAUAGCCUUGAGUGUCAUUCUUCUAAUAGUAGGACUUGUUUUAACAAUAGCACUCGUAUUUUGGAAAAAAAACAAAAAGCGCCGCCAUGAGGAGUUGGAAGCCACGUUUACCUUCUCCAACCCUACAUACAGUGCCUCCAACGGGGAUGGCGUCCCCACAGAUCGAAACGUCUGGCCAUGGAAGUCCCAGCACAGAAAUAACAAAAAACAGGCUAGAAAGAUGGCUCUUUGUAAAGAAGGAAAAUUAAACCACCUUGAAGUCUCCUCUCUUUAUCGCAACAAAUUGCCGAGCUUAGCUCUUCCCCCACCAGCACCGCGCCAGAGAAUAGACAGCAGGCAGGGCUUUGGACCAGGUGCCAGUCCCUGCAAAGGGUCUAUUGCACCACCCAGUGAACACAGCACCGUCACCUUCCAUACAGUAGAGACGGAUAUAUGAGCUAUCUGCCUGUUACUUUUCCCUGGAUUGUUUUUCAUGGAUAUCGAUUAAUCGAUUAGGGAAUCGUUUUUACGAUAAACUGUCAUGUUUUCGUACAGGGCAGAUCGGUUUCUGCAAGCUGGAUAUGAAAAAGAAACAAAUCUAUAUAAUGACGGUCCAGCUCAAGGUAACCGACCUAUAAUUGCAAUCGAUGCACACCAGAUUUGCUUCAGGGAUCAUGGCUAAUUUCUUAGACUUUUUUGAAAAUGUUAAGCAGGGAUGUGCUGCCAAUUAAAAAUUGUAUUGCAUCCAUAUGGGAAUUAAAGUAGCCUGCUAAGGUAAUGGUUGAAGUUUUGCAGAAUAUGUCACAUAUGGAACAGUUUUGAAUUUCAUGAUAUAGAAGUUUCGAAAGUUCCGAAAAGAAUCUCUUAAGAAUCGUUUUAAAAGCACUAAAUAUCAGGUGAUUUGUCAAUGUUUCGUGUAAUAUUCUGGUAUCUGUCCACAUUUAAUUGUAGGCUUGACUUUUUUGUACGAAUAACUGUACUGCAGACAGAGUCUUUGGUCACACUGGCUGCAGAAAUUAUUUUUAGCAUCGUGGAAAUUAAUAAACAAAAGAAAAAGUAAAACGUUUAGAAACUGCAUUAUAAAUUCAAGCAAAAAUUGCUGACUUUAAAUUUUAAAAGAAAUUUUAUGAAUUUUCUUACUCCCUUAUGACAGAAAGUUUAAAAUAGAGUGACCCUCAUUGCAGUUAUCAUUCCCGUUCUCCAAUUACUUACGUUCACCAUACAGAUUUCAGUUAUACACUUAAAGAACUUUGAUUAAAAACAAGCUGUGAUCUAGAGUCCUUACAAUAUAAAGUCAAAAGUAAAGAUUAAAAAAAAAGCACAGGAAUUAAAUAGACAUAGACAUAAUCUUAAUGAAAUUCUGUGAGAAUUUAAUAGAUAAUUAAGCCACUGCAGAUAAUUAGGCCCUAGUGUAAAAGGGGCUUUAAAUAAAAAAUUGAAAAUAAUAAUGUAAAUUUAACAUUGCCAAAGCAAAAUGUUUUACCAGUAUUAAACCAUUUUAUUUCUGUCAUCCCCAGGCAGUUGUUGCCUCUGGAUAGUGGAGGACGCGGGACAUAUGCCUGUUUAACUCUGUUAAACACCAGGCGUCCCCGUCCUACGUCACCUAUCACCUGUCAUGUUUUAUGGGGCUAGUAUAUUUAGAAUGCUAAUUUAUAAUUCAUUUCACUUUAUUUUGUUUAUAUAUUGUGCAUGAAAUCAUAUAUUUUAACAGUUGCAUGUUUGCUCAAACUUCAUAAUGGACAUAUUUUUUGUUCAUCAUUUACGGAAUAAGAUUUUAAUUACCCUCGAUUAAACUUCUGUUCAUGGCACAAUUCUGAUGAAGUCAAAAAUAUUUUUUUUUACUGUAGUUUAAAAUUGUGACUCACCUCUGUUCUGAAGAAGCGUAAACAAAAAUUUGAAUAUUUUCUUGAAUAUUUUAAUAAUUAACGCACAGGCUAAAAUUUAAUAUAUAAUAUAUACAUAAUUUAUAAAUUACUGAUGAACAGUUUUAAAAUUCAGUAGAAAUAAGCAACACGUAAGACCAGAGAGAUUAAAUAGUAAAACUUCUAUUGAGACGCUUAAAAACAGCUCUAAAAUUUAAUGAAGCAAUUUUUUAUACUAUAUAAUAACAAAUUUAAAAACGAUUUCUGUUUAAAUAUUUUAUUUUUAUUCGCUUUUCUUUUGAAAUUAUACUGUUGUAAAUUUACCUUUUAUCAGAACUUAACUUUUAAACUUAUUUCUACAAUCUAUUCAUGCAUGCAUCUUUCUUAUACUAGAUAUAUUUCCCAAAACAAAUUUUUUCCUCAAAUUUGUUUUUUGAAUUUCAGAUUUAAGCAAAUCAUAUUGCUUGAA